UGAAGUUCACUUUUGAAUUUUCGGUGACCAAAACAUUCCAAUAGCUUUUCAGUUACGUUAUCCAUCACGAAACUUGUUACUGUGGCAUUUCAGAAGCUCUGCACGAUUGCAAUAUGAGUAAACGUAAAAAUCCAUGCGAAUCUAGAAAUCCAAAUGCACAAUUUUGUGAUUUUUUAAUGGAAUUGGCGGAGUACGAGAAAAAUGUUAGUCGCAACAUACAUAAGUACAAUGCUUACAAGAAAGCGGCGGGUGUUUUGGCUGCGCAGUCCAGAAAAAUUCAAUCUGGUGAAGAAGCAAAAAAACUUGAUGGCAUAGGAGAUAAAAUUUCUAAAAAAAUCGAUGAGUAUAUUCAGACAGGAAAAUUGAGAAAAAUUGAGAAUAUACAUCAUGAUGAAAAGGCUCAGGCAAUUAGUAUGCUCACACGAAUAUCUGGAGUGGGUCCUGUCAAGGCUGCAGAAUUGGUAAAAGACGGUAUUGUUACAGUUGAAGAUCUAAAGAGAAGUAAACAUUUGUUAAAUCAUCAUCAGCUGCUCGGAUUAAAAUACUUCGAAGACUUUGAAAAGAAAAUUCCGCGCACUGAAAUAAAAGCCAUAGAAAAUAAAUUAAAGGCACUCGUGUUUGACUUAGAUAGUAAUUUUACAAUAACAAUAUGCGGAAGUUUCCGACGGGGAAAACCAGAAAGCGGUGAUAUAGAUGUUUUAGCGACUCAUCCGUCUUUAAAACUUGGAGAAACAAAGCAAAAGCACGGCGAAACAAUGUUAAAAAGAUUAGUUGAUUACUUGAAAGGUCUUGUUAUCGACGUUAUAUCUAUGGGAGAUACAAAAUUUAUGGGCGUCUGUCGCCUUUCUGAAGACUUACCGGCCCGACGUCUGGAUAUACGGCUUAUUCCGUGCGAUCAGUACCAUUGCGCUAUCUUGUACUUCACAGGCAGCGAUGUCUUCAACAAGACAAUGCGAACACAUGCAUUGGAAAAGGGUUUCACCCUCAAUGAAUAUUAUUUGAGGCCUAUCGGUUCAACUGGAGUUCCCGGCGAACCUGUACCGAUCACGUGUGAGGAAGAUAUCUUCGACUACAUCGAGUACCCGUACAAGAAACCAGAAGAACGUAAUUUGUAGGGAUCACAAAUAAAAAACAACAUUGCCGUCGUCAUAUUUAUUCUUAGAAUCGACAUAUAAUAAGGCUUACAAUAUCACAAGACUUCAAAUUCUCAAGAUAUGCUAAUAAUAUUUAAUAAAACUUUAUAAAAUUGACAACAGGUGCUUAGUUCAAAAACAACAUUUAUAUAAUUUCUUUUUACACUUUCACUAUAAAACCAUGCGGGUUGUUAUUAUAUUAAUAAUUAAAUAGGAAUUCUAGUUAAAGGAAUAAAUUAAUUAAUGAUAAAUGAAAUACAGAAGUAAAUGAAGAAAUGGAUUCCUAUUUAAAAAUAGAGGCAAUUCACCCGCAUGAUGUUAUGAUAUUUAAAUUAUACAGGAAAACAUAGGAAACUAGUAUAUAGGGAAAUUGCAUGAAUUGCUGUCAAGCUAAAAAUAAAUCUAGCGAACUGCUUUCGUUAAAUAAGCAAAAAAUGAUAAAACGGUAACUUAAAAUGCUAAUUUAAUUAAUGGAAAUGUAAUCUUUAAUUACGAAGUUAAUAGUGACUAGCACUUAACAUCUGUAUUAAAAUAAAUCAUUCACUCGACAAUAAAAAAUCAAUACCCAAUUUUUCAAUCUUGUCAGAAUAUUUUUUGAAAUCAUUUUUCAUUUCUCACAAAAAGGUAACAGCACAGCCUUGUUAAAUUUUCUUGUCACAAUAUAUUAACAUAUUACGAUUAUUUACAAUCAUUCUUUGGAAUAUUUUACACAAAUUGUAAGUUAAAAAAGG